AUGGAAGACACGGAUGAUAAUCUUCCCGCCUUUGGGUUGGACCUGAUAUCUAGUUCGGCGGAAAAGGACAUUCCCUUUCCGCGUCACUCGCCUUCUAGCUCCGCGACCUCCGCUGUAGACGCUAGCGAGACCGAGAACAGGAGCGGGGUAAACAUUAGGCUAGGCCAAUGCGGAUCAGGCUUCACUGGGGCGGCGAACAGAAGAGCGGUGAAUAGCGGAGCAGAAAAUAGCGCCAAUUCGGCUCAACACGUGCGAAUAGGCUGCAGUGCACGCUCCGCGUUUCACCUGGUUGCGCCAUCUUUGCAAAUAUCCCCUCCACGGCACGUCGGCCCAGCGCCUGCGACAGCAGGAUGCGACCUCCCAUCGCCCCUCACGGCCGAUCGUCCUUCCACGUUCACGGGUGAUCGACCGUCGUCCGUGUCGCACGUCCGCAAGGCCUGCCCCUCGUCGUCGUCUUCCGCCAACUCGAGCCUCGACCACAAAGCGGACAACGAAGAGCAUUAUAAAGAGGAUGCCCCCUGCUCGCUUCGCCUCUCGCUCUCUCCGCCCCUUGUCGACGCGUCCCCCACCCCGCCGACGUCUCAGCGCUCCUCGCCCAUCUCGCCAGGGUUCGAGCGCCAAGCAGCGCGCGAGGCGGACUGCGCGUUGCGCCUCUCCCUCUUCCCCGCGCCUCCGCAACACACGUCCCCGCCCCACAACUCACGGCCGUGCCUCGCACUGCCUACUGCGUCGCAGGUCAGAAUGGCGCCGUGGCGAAACGUUGGCGAGAAAAGGCCGGUGGUACGAGGUUUGUCGUUGAACUUCGCAGACGCGAGCACCGUCGCCGUUCCGACGGCUGUGGUGUCGUUGGAAACACCUGCCGCCGCGAAUGGAUCUCUGCCGUCCAAUGCGCUUCAGCUUCUCGACAGCGAGCCCGUGAAAUGCGGCAAGAGGGAUCUGACUGCGUUGGAGGGCGAGUCGUUUCGUGCAUGCGGGGGGGAGAAGGGGAGCGGCGCGUCGCCGAACAAGAAGCCGAAGCACUGCUGGCGACCCGAGAAAUGGCGACCGGCGUUCCCUUGGGCGGAGCUGCACGUGCGCGCGGACGGGCGGCAGGCGAUGCGGUGCUCACUGUGCCUGCGGUGGUGCGCGGACGAGCCCACGCCGUUCACGCGCGACGGCGCCGUCGACCUGCAGCGGAGCACUCUGCGGACACACGGCAAGUCCAGGUGUCACAAGAAGGCGGUGGAGAGAGAGGCCAUGGCGGCCAGGGCUCACGGGCAACCUUCAAUGCACGCCUCCACCUCUGCUGCUGCGUCUCUACCUGCUCCUCCCGCUCCUGCUGCUGCACUAGCUUCUGCUCCCGGUGCUGCUGUGACUCCUAACUUUGCAGCUCCUGUUGCACUUCCUAGCGCCCUCCUGACGUGCUCUUAG